AAUUGGACCUUAAUCCACGCAGACUUUUAACAGACGGGAUUGCAGACUCUCCACCAUUCGCGCGUGGAAUCUACUCUCUUUUCUCUUCUGGUUUGAUGAGACUAAUGUACCUGUAAAUUGAUCUUUCGAUAAAUGAAGAACGAACUCGCAUAAACUCAGUGAGCUCGAUCCGUUGACUGGUCUGGAAGGGGCCACCAUUGUCAAAUAGCUUUCUCAUCGGCUCGACUUUUGUUCUUGUUUAAGAUAUCUUCUAUUCUUCUCCUUAGCCAUUUUGAUCUCAGCCCAAUUCAAUUAGAGCAUUUACUGGUGUAAUAAACAGACUCAUCUAGGGCUUGCGUUGCGACAUACUGAAUUUCAAUAAAGUUGGAGUUAAAUCCGUGAGAAACGAAGAAGAAGAUCAUAUGAAAUCGGCGGGGUUGAGGGUUUUCUUGAUUUGUUUGAUUUUUUCUGUUGGUUUGAAUCUCUCUUAUGGCGAGGAGCCUAAGAAGACGAAUAAGUUUAGAGAGCGAGAGGCUAGUGACGAUUCCCUUGGUUAUCCAAACAUUGACGAAGAUGCUUUGGUGAAUUCGAAAUGUUCCAAGCAUUUGGAGCUAAGAUGGCAAACUGAAGUUAGUUCUAGUAUUUAUGCUACACCCUUAAUAGCUGAUAUUAACAGUGAUGGGAAGCUUGAAAUAGUGGUGCCUUCUUUUGUUCAUUAUCUGGAAGUUCUGGAAGGCUCAGAUGGAGACAAAAUGCCAGGUUGGCCUGCAUUCCACCAGUCAACUGUGCAUGCGAGUCCUCUCCUGUAUGAUAUUGACAAGGAUGGUUCAAGAGAAAUAUCUUUGGCAACCUACAAUGGCGAGGUGCUUUUUUUCAGGGUGUCAGGCUACAUGAUGGUAGAUAAACUGGUAGUACCACGUAGGAAAGUAAAAAAGAACUGGUAUGUGGGUCUUGAUCCAGAGCCAGUGGAUCGUUCUCAUCCAGAUGUUCACGAUGACCAAAUCGUUCUGGAGUCUGAGUUGGAAAAAUCAGUGCAUCAAAAAAGUGGAAAUAAUACAAACCAUUCAGAUACGAUUUCAACAGAGGAUGAAAGAAAAUUGAACGGAAGCCAAAUAGGAAUAGACAUCAAGCUACCUGCUAGUGGAAAUGAUUCUUCUGUAAACAUAAGUUCAGUUGGAACUGAAACUAAUGGAAGCCAAAUAGGAAUAGACAUCAAGCAACCUGCUAGUGUAAAUGAUUCUUCUGUAAAGAUAAGUUCAGUAGGAACUGAAAUUAAUGGAACAAGCACUGGGAGACGGCUUUUAGACGAUAACAAUUCCAAAGGAUCACAAGAGUCUGAAUCCAAAAGCACUAGUAAAGAGGAUACUCCUGUUGUAACUGUUGAAAAUGAAGGAGGAUUGGAAGCAGAUGCUGAUUCAUCGUUCGAGCUGUUACGUGAUAGCGAUGAGCUGGCUGAUGAGUACAAUUAUGACUAUGAUGAUUAUGUUGAUGAGACAAUGUGGGGAGAUGAGGAGUGGAAGGAGGGGCAACAUGAGAAACUGGAGGAUUAUGUGAAUGUUGACUCACAUAUCCUGUGUACUCCUGUCAUAGCAGAUAUUGAUAAAGAUGGAAUACCUGAAAUGGUUGUUGCUGUUUCUCACUUCUUCGAUCAUGAGUAUUAUGGAAACUCAGAGAACAUGAAGGAGUUGGGCGACAUUGAUAUUGGAAAAUAUGUAGCUAGUUCGAUUGUUGUUUUCAAUCUUGAUACCAAAGAAGUAAAGUGGACAGCUGAACUAGAUCUGAGUACAGAUUCUGCAAACUACCGUGCCUACAUAUAUUCUUCUCCUACCGUUGCUGAUUUGGAUGGUGAUGGGUACUUGGAUAUCCUUGUUGGGACUUCCUAUGGCUUGUUCUAUGUCUUGGAUCAUCAUGGGAAUGUCAGGAGAAAGUUUCCUCUUGAAAUGGCUGAAAUUCAUGGAGGUGUUGUUGCAGCUGAUAUCAAUGACGAUGGAAAGAUUGAACUAGUGACUACUGAUACACAUGGGAAUGUUGCUGCGUGGACUGUACACGGGGAAGAGAUUUGGGAAACACAUGUUAAGAGUUUGGUUCCGCAGGCUCCUACUAUUGGUGAUGUUGAUGGAGAUGGCCAUACUGAUGUCGUGGUUCCUACAAUAUCCGGGAAUAUAUAUGUUCUUAGCGGAAGGGAUGGAUCCAUUGUUCGCCCUUACCCAUACAGAACUCAUGGAAGAGUGAUGAGCCAAGUUCUUCUUGUUGAUUUGAGCAAACGUGGAGAGAAAGCCAAGGGACUUUCUAUGGUUACUACAUCAUUUGAUGGUUAUUUGUAUCUAAUCGACGGAGCAACAUCAUGUGCAGAUGUGGUUGAUAUUGGUGAAACAUCAUAUAGCAUGGUCUUGGCGGACAAUGUUGAUGGUGGAGAUGAUCUAGAUUUAAUUGUGACAACCAUGAACGGCAAUGUCUUUUGCUUCUCAACUCCAGUUCCUCAUCACCCACUUAAGGAAUGGAGGUCAUCUAAUCAAGGUAGAAAUAAUGUUGCCUAUAGGAACAACCGUGAAGGUAUCUUUAUUUCACCGUCGUCUAGAGCUUUCCGCGAUGAGGAAGGCAGGAACUUCUGGGUGGAGGUUGAGAUAGUGGACAAAUAUAGAUAUCCAUCUGGGACACAAGGACCGUACAAUGUCACAACUACCUUGUUAGUACCUGGUAAUUACCAAGGAGAGAGAAGUAUAAGGCAAAGUCAGAUUAUUAAUAGUCCUGGAAAACAUCGUAUAAAACUUCCGACAGUAGCAGUAAGAACAACAGGAACUGUUUUGGUGGAGAUGGUUGACAGGAAUGGACUCUACUUCACAGACGAGUUCUCCCUCACAUUCCAUAUGUACUACUAUAGACUGUUGAAGUGGCUCCUUGUCCUUCCGAUGCUUGGGAUGUUCGCUGUGCUUGUCAUCCUUCGACCACAAGAGGCAAUGCCUUUGCCAUCGUUUUCGCGAAACACUGACUUGUAAUUGUAACAUUCAAACCCUGAUAGAAAGCUUCAUCUCAACCAAUGCCGAGACUCGGUGAUAAAGUAUUUAGCGCUCAUGAGAGCAUCGAUGGCUCGGCCACACUUCAGUAGAUAAUUUCCUAGGCUUAAAUUGUGAAUGGCCCGAGCCGAAGCUGCAAUUUGGAUGAUAGGUAAUCGGGAGUUGUAACAUAGAUAAUUUUGAGUUAUGAAGGAUUUUUUGGAUUUUGAGUCCCCAUAUGUUUUGUCAGUUCUCAUUUAGGGAUUUUCAAUAUAAAUCAUAAUCAUUUGGAGGGAACGGAUAUUUAUACUGUGAAAUGUUGUGUUAGUCUAUCUUAAUGCGCAUGCAAAGCACACGUGCACUUUGUUUAAACUAAUAUAUUUAUAGGGGUAUGAUUUUGUCCCGUUAUUCUACUUUCACGGAUGUACGGCAGCCGUCAGAUGAGGAAGUUAUUUGAUUUGACGGCUGAGAUUGAUUUAGGGGUAAUUAGGGUUAAAAAAUAGAAACGUACACUGACACUCAUUUAAUGUACCGUGAGAUACAUCUAAUGUACCACAGAAUACAUUCCGUAAAAAUAUAUCACGGAACAAAAUUAUAUUCGGAACAAAAUCAUAUUUCUAUAUUUAUAUUGUGAAAUAUGAGAAUUUAUCACCAUAAUGUAACAUAAUUUGUAUAAUUUAAUAUCGGGUAAUGCAUCCUAUCAACACUUCCAAUUAAGCAGUUUUAGAUUUUUAGUUCAAAAAACAAAAUGGGUAGUUUAUCCUUUUUAUUUUCUUGGGACUUGUUAAGUAUGACUUCGAUACAACAUUGAGCCCAUCAUAACAAUUAUGUGAUUUGAUAUGUCAUUUCGAAGCACAAAUUAUGUGAUUGAAUCACAUUUUUCGAAAAAAGAAAGCAACUUGUCAUGUUUACAUCUCUUGAAUACAACGGUAUUUUAGCCCAUUGACCAAUGCAGCAAUAAAUAGAAAAGCCACAACUAUAGCCAUAAUAAUACCCUCAGAAUCAGAUGAUGAAAAACAUUAUUAACAGAUUGUAAGAAAAUUUAUACAAUAAUAACGAUGAGUGUUGAUAAGAACGUUUUCCACUUGUACCAUUUUCCAAUUAUAGCAGUUUUUCAAUUCAAGGAGUAUGCAUGAGCCAUGAAGAGUGCAUUUCCAGCAGAGCCUGCAACCAAUUAAGCUUUACCAAACCUCUUUUAAUAGUUUCAAAUUCAAUACAUCUUCUGUUCCCACUAACUUUUAAUAACUACAUUUUAAAUAUUAUAUCAACCAUUUCAAGGCAAGGUAUAAAUAAUGCUAAAAUUUUAAGCACUGGCAAAAGUAUGGUAAAGAGAGUUACUUAUUCUGAGGAAACAAAUCAUUCAGUAUAAACAUCAAAAACAAUAUGAGGAUAUGUAUAUAGAAUCUACAACAGUUACAGUAAUGGUUGGUUCCUAAUCCCAAUCAAGUUAUUGUAAUAGAGAGAAUGUUGUUUCAAUUCAAGAAAACAUGUUUCUGAACUUGGGAUCAUAAGAAAGAUCAGACAAGACAGACUUGAACUAUAUUAAAGAAAAAAACUUAUUAUAAGGAUAAACAAAAAUAGAGGGAAGAGAAGAAGAUGAUGAUGAAGAAACUAGAAAACCUGUAAGACUGGCCUCUUUCCAAGCCUCUUGAUCUCUUUGUCCAUUUUCCCAGUAAGCAUUAAACCAAACAUCUUGUAAUCACAGAGAAGAGACCAAAUUGGAUGCCCAAAAGUGGCUGGAAUAUUUCCUUCAAUGAAGAAAUGGCUGUACCAGGCACAUCCAUAGCCAGAUAAUGGCACAAAGAGCAAAAACCACCAACUAAAAAACAAAGAACAUAACAAGAAGAAGAUACUAGAAGCUGUACCAAUGAAAUGCCAACGCCUUGUUAAAGGUUUCGAGUGUUGAUUCACAUAAAAAGCCCAAAACUCAUCCAUGUUCCUGAAAUUCAUAUCUGAUAAAAAAGAAAGAAAGGGAGAAACUUUUAUAUACUGAAAACUUUAAUUCUUUCGCUACCUUGUUCAGAACCCAAAUCCAACAAAUCUUCAACAAAUACCAAUCAAGUUCGCCACUUUAUUCAAAACCCAAUUCAGAAACGUAACAUUAUUGGGUUAUGAAGUUGACCCAAAUCAGAAAUCUUAUCCCUUAUCUUGAUGGAAGAGCUUCUGUUCUGUCGAUAGAUAACCCCAAAAUUGAAUCUGGGUAUUUGUCAAUGAUUAAUGAAAUGAUGAUUAGGAGGUAAAUCAAAUUCUGAGUUUCACCGAAAUCAUCGUUAGGAGAAGAUUUCCAAAAACAUAAUCUUUUGGAGUUGACCAAAAGCCAAAGAGAAUGAAGCAAGAGAAUCUUCUCUUCUUUCUUCUUCUUCUUCAAAAACAAAGGUGUGAAUAAUUUUGGAAUUUAGUGAUAUGUUGUUUAGUUUAGAUUGCUGACAUAUUUUGUUUGUGGAAAUUUUGGACUAAGAAAAAGGUGAAGUGUAAUUCUCUUUAGAAUUGCGUGCUUGGAAAUGAAUAGCCAAAUUAGGUUU